UGAACCGGAGACCCCAGCGCAUCCCGCCACAUGUAGUGUACCAGAGACUGAAGGGGGGCAUCCCAGCGUCGCGCCGCCACCAAAGCUUCAGGAUCUGCCCGUAGAGCUGGAGGGGAAAACGCUCUUUGCUGAAAUCUUUUUUUUUUUUGACUUUGUGAUUUUUGUUUUUUUUCGCCUCAUGUUGAGCACUGGAUACGCUGCCAUGUUAAAACCAACCGAAUUACUGUGUGACAGCCAUGCUUUGAAAGCGUUUUACUGAACGUGUCCCUGCUCCUGACUUUCGGACGCGCUGCUUGCUGACCGAUUCAUCACAUCCAAGACCGACGGGAAGAACAAGCUGCGCCCGUUACUCGCGGCUGAGCUCAUCAUCUGCAUCAAAUCUUGAUUCAGAAUUUUGCCUCGGGCCCACCAAAGGACUGAUUCCCCAGGUGUGGGGUUUUCUACCACCGAGGACCCGCGGCCGCUUCUGCUGUUGCAUUUUGCUUUCAGACGGAACCUGUUUUUACGCAUGCGGGGAGAGAUCUGUACUGACGGCUGAUCCACUGGCAUCUCCGCGAACGCUGACCCGGGAGCUGGAGGCGGAAUCAGCAGAGGCAGAAAUCAAACACACGGUCAAUGCUCGGCUUGCACCGGUGAUUGGGUUCGUGCGUGCGCGUUGCUCGUGGGGGGUUGUCGCGAGCCCAACCGAAGCCAUGGUCCACUGCGCCGGCUGCGAGAGGCCUAUCCUGGACCGCUUCCUCCUCAACGUGCUGGACAGAGCCUGGCACGUCAAGUGUGUGCAGUGCUGCGAGUGCAAAUGUAAUCUGACCGAGAAGUGUUUUUCUAGAGAGGGGAGACUGUACUGCAAAAAUGAUUUUUUUAGGCGGUUCGGCACCAAAUGUGGCGGCUGUUCGCAGGGAAUCUCUCCGAACGACCUGGUUCGGCGGGCCCGGAGCAAGGUGUUCCACCUCAACUGUUUCACCUGCAUGAUGUGCAAUAAGCAGCUCUCCACCGGCGAAGAGCUCUACAUCAUAGACGAGAACAAAUUUGUUUGCAAAGACGAUUACCUCAGCAACAUGAGUGUAAAAGACACGAAUCUCCUCUCAGUAGUAACGGCAUGCAGCGAUCCCAGUUUAUCCCCGGACUCUCAGGACCAGCUCCAGGACGACGUUGUCCUAAAGGACACGGAGAUGGCGGCCCUCUCCGACAAGGAGACGGUCAACAACGAGAAUGACGACCAGAACCUGGGCGGGAAGCGGCGCGGUCCACGGACCACCAUUAAGGCCAAGCAGCUGGAGACCCUGAAGGCGGCGUUCGCUGCCACCCCGAAACCCACCCGACACAUCCGGGAGCAGCUGGCUCAGGAGACCGGCCUCAACAUGAGAGUCAUCCAGGUCUGGUUCCAGAACCGCCGUUCCAAAGAGAGACGCAUGAAGCAGCUGAGCGCGCUGGGUGCGCGGAGGCACGCAUUCUUCCGGAGCCCGAGGCGGAUGAGGACGUUAGUAGACCGAUUGGAGCCUGGUGAGCUCAUCCCCAACGGACCCUUCUCGUAUUAUGGAGAUUAUCAAAGUGAGUACUACGGCCCAGGAGGGAACUAUGACUUUUUUCCUCAGGGCCCUCCAUCGUCGCAGGCCCAGACACCAGUUGAUCUCCCCUUCGUGCCCUCCUCGGGCCCCACAGGCACCCCUCUCGGGGGUAUGGACCACCCCCUGCCUGGCCACCACCCUUCCAGUGAUGUACAACGCUUCUCUGAUAUCAUGUCUCACCACCCAGGGGACUCUCCCAGCCCAGAGCCAGGCAUCCCGGGGCCCUUGCACAGCAUCUCGUCUGAAGUGUUUGGCCCUAGUCCACCCUUUACCUCAUUGUCGCUGAACGGCAGCGGAUUCAACAACCACCUGUCUCACCAACCCUCAGAAAUGAACGAGGGUACUGUGUGGUAGCUUUCUGGCACAGAGGAUCGAAACACCAGAUAUUCAUUAAUGGAGGAUUGCAGCAUUAGGUGUUGUAUUGGCCAGCGGUCCAAAGUAGGGUCCAGGAAAAUGACAGGGUUAGGGCAACUUCAUAAACAUUUUUUUAUAUAUAUUUAUUUAUUUAUGUUGCAUUUUUUUCAUUUUAAGCAUAUUCUUUUUGGUUGAAAAACAGAUCAGGCAUGAAAAUCGUGCCAACAUUGUGUUCAGUAUUGUAUGUGUGUGGGUGGUUUAAUAGCUUUUUUUUAAUCCCUCACCCAUGCCACAUCAUCCAAAAAACCUUUCUUUUUGCAAAAGAAAAAACACUGGGCAAGACCGAUAAAUGGCCCACUAUCAUGCUUUAUUUGGACCCAGAGGCCGCCCUAUUGCUCCUGCUGUUUCCUGUCAGCAGCAGGCUACAACCAAACCCCUUCACACUUACAAGUGUUAAAAAGAGACACAAAUCACAACAGUUUUUGAAAAGCUUCUGUUGUAGGUCCCAAACAUGAAACAUGUUUUGCUACUGUCAAAGACUUUGAUAGCUUUACUGAAAGAACAAAGGGACUGAGGGUUUCUGAUGGGCUGACCUGGCUAAGGGUUAUUCAGGCUGUGUCAGAGGCACUACCUGCAUAUUCAGAAACUCCAAAGACCUCUUGGCCUUGCAAGGCUCUGCCAUACUAAUGCUAACCGUUUUUCAAAAAACAUUGCUGAAGACCGGGGAAAACAACAUUUUAUUUCCACAAAGGCCUCUGUGUUUGUUUUAAUCUCACAAAAUUCACCAAAUCCGAGGACUGCUGCCUUGAAAAUGCAGUAAAACCAGUUCAACAACCCAAUGGACUGUAAGCCCUUUAUUUAAAAUGGAGAUGAACUUGAAAUGUCAAAAUGAAGUCUACCUUCUAAAAUACUCUACUGGGGUUCUAAAUAGGACUUUGAACAGUCAACUGUUUACGUAAUCUAAGAAAUUCAGGAGUCCAGAAGUCUCGACACCGUGUUUUAGAACCUCUUGAUCGAUAUAAAAAUGUUCCAAGCAACCAACCAAACUUUUGUAUUGAUUUCAUUUAUAUUGUAUGGAGAUAAAAAAAAUCCAUUUGCUGGGGUUGUGUUUCACUGUGCUAGUUUGUACAAGAUGUUGUUUACAGAAAAAGGAAAAAAGUACAAUAAAAAUGAGAGAAAAGUAGACUUUUGCCAAAUUUUAAAUUAUAGCACAAAUACUGUUAAAGUGCUUUGCACUAAUAUCACAGUGUGUGUUGGGAGAAAUUCUAAGUGUUAAGAGGACUAAUUGACUUUGAAUUAUUUUUAGUCUGCUGAGAAUGCAUUCAUACACGUGUUAAUAUAAACAUACUUAGGUUUUAUUUUUGUGUUAUGAAAGAUGAAAAGUCCAAACUAUUAAAAAUUGGUGGUCAAAUAUGCAGCUGUCAGCUGCUACAUCUCUUUGAAUAUCAAGCCCUCAUGAUAUGUCUUUUAUUGUUUCAAUAAACCGAAGCUUAUGUGAUCUCCAGUGCAUAUUAGACCAUUCACUGUAUAAAUUCAACAUGUUGAUAAAAUUGUAUUUCUAAUAAACUAGAAACAUACUGAAU